AUGCCCGAAACUUCCGUCUCCGAAGCGGCCCUUGCUGCCGUGCCUGAUGAAGUUCGCUGGUGUCUCCGGUGCUUGGGAUGGUAUGCAGGCGAGUUCAAGGGCAACCGUGGACAGUUCUGUCAAGACGUCGACUUCGCAUGCUCAGGAGCAGUCGGAGGCCCCGACGAAAAGUGUGCGCGAUGUCCCCCAACAGCAAAGCACACGUGUCUGACAAUUCCGGAUUCUGUGUGGAAGCUCGCCCGAGAAAUCAUUGCUCGCCGUCGAGCCAUGGUCGAUUUUGAAAAGAAGAACCCGAUGAGAGACGUUAGUGCUGCAGACCGUCGGGCUCUGAAGGCCGACUUCAAGAUCGUCAGAGACCGUACCCGAGAAUACUAUAAAGACAGCGAGAGGCGCGAUUCGGAGCACGUUGAAGACUCUGAAGAUGAAGACGAUGCUCCCCCACGCCGAAAGCGCCCUCGCCGUUACGCCUCCAGCAUUCUGUACGACGACUUCCACGCUUCUGAGCCUGAGACGGUACGCGACGAACACGGCCAGCAAGAGCGAGUCAGCGCGAACACGCACGCUGAUGAUGACCUGCAGAAUCGUCCCCGAGCCAGCGUCGGCCCUCGAGUUCAAGGGAGGUCGCCUGCGGUACCUGACGGUACCGAGCAACUUCUCCAGGCUGCUAGCAAUGCUGUCAAGAAGGUGGCCAGGCUCACUGCCAUCAAGCCCGAAGCCGACAAGCGCUUUGCAACCGCGGCUCUGCAGUACUUCGGACUAGGCCCCAAUGUACCGAACAACGAGGCGCCGGGCGUUUCCCAACUGCUGAGACAGACUGGUCAUCACGCAGAUGGCGCCGCUCGCGAGGCUGCCGGGGAGGUUUCGAGGAUUUCGGGGGAGCUGAAGGAUGCGCACACUCGGCUGGGCGAGGCCGUGUUCGCUAUCAUGGCAUCUGGAGGUGUCCCGCCUGAGAGAUCAGGGGACGAACAGAUUUUGGGGGUGCUUCGAAUGCUGAGACAGAGAGAUGGUUAA